UUUAGGUUCGACCAUACCAAACUCGCGGUUUCCAUCGCCACACACACAAACACAGCACAAUGGGAAAGAAGAAGAACACGCAUGAAAGUGGCUCCGCUUCCGAGCACAGCUCUAGCACUCUUUUCGUCUCCGGCUUACCUUACUCUUUCACCAACUCUCAGCUUGAAGAGACUUUUAGUGAUGUCGGUCCAAUCAGGCGCUGCUUUAUGGUCACGCAAAAGGGUUCGACUGAGCACCGUGGAUUUGGUUUCGUUCAAUUUGCGCUUAAGGAUGAUGCUAACCGAGCUAUUGAGAUUAAGAAUGGCUCGUCAGUUGGAGGCCGGAAAAUUGCAGUUAAGCAUGCUAUGCACCGUGCGUCAUUAGAACAGCGUCGGGCAAAGGCAGCUCAAGGUCAAGGUCAAGUUCAAGGUCAAUAUCAUGUUGUUUACUCAGAUGAUGCAACGAAGACCAUGGAUGAUAAGGGCAGUGUUGCCUCUAAGCCAGAAAAGCAUGUUCUGAAUGUGCUGGAAUCAGGGAAACCUCGAGAGCCAAGAAAACCAGCAAAACUUGUCACUGAUCUAACUGAUAAAGAGAAUUGUUCUGAAAAGCAGAGGGUUGCUAGGACUGUGAUAUUUGGUGGCCUUCUUAAUGAUGCUAUGGCAGAAGAUGUUCAUCAGCGAGCCAAAGAGACUGGCACUGUGUGUUCUGUAACUUAUCCCCUUCCCAAGGAAGAGCUGAAAAAACAUGGCCUCGAACAAGAUGGAUGCAGAUCAGGUGCUUCAGCUGUACUUUUCACAAGUGUCAAAGAAGCACGUUCUUGUGUGGCAAUGCUACACCAAAAAGAAAUUAAAGGUGGAAUUGUUUGGGCACGGCAGCUAGGGGGGGAGGGUUGCAAGACACAGAAAUGGAAACUUAUUAUCAGAAAUCUUCCUUUCAAGGCCAAACCAAAUGAGAUAAAAGAUGUGUUUGAAUCAGCGGGCUUUGUUUGGGACGUGUUUGUUCCACAUAAUUCUGAAACAGGGUUAUCAAGGGGUUUUGCUUUUGUCAAGUUCACAUGCAAGCAGGAUGCAGAAAAUGCCAUUCAGAAGUUCAAUGGGCAAAAGUUUGGCAAAAGACCCAUAGCUGUUGACUGGGCUGUUCCAAAAAAGAUUUAUAGCAGUGGUGCUAAUGUGCCUGCUGCUUCGGAAGAUGGACAUCAGAAUGAAAAAGACAGUAGCUGUGAGGAUUCAGAUUAUGACGACGACGACAACAAUGAUACAGAUGUUAUUGAAAAAAAACAACGGCAUGAUGGGGUUGUCAUUGCCUCACCUGACUCAGAUUUAUCUGAAAAAGAAGACACGCCAACUGAAGUUGAUUUUGAACAGGAAGCAGACAUUGCAAGAAAAGUUCUUAGGAAUUUGAUCACAUCAUCUUCUAAAGAUUCUGCUUCUACUAACAUGGAUGAUGAUGUGUUGCCCAAGGGCAUUGAGGAGUUGGAUACUGUUGUUGUGCCAAGUAAGUUGCCUGGCGAGUCUGAAAAUUUAUCAGGGAGUCCUCUAUCCAGUGGCAAAAGCAAACCAUCUACUAAGCACAUAGAUGGAGAAGAUGAUUUGCAGAGAACUGUUUUUAUUAGCAAUCUUCCUUUUGAUGUUGAAAGUGGAGAAGUGAAACAACGGUUCUCUGCAUUUGGGGAAGUGCUAUCCUUUGUCCCUGUCCUUCAUCAAGUCACCAAGCGACCUAGAGGGACUGGUUUUCUCAAGUUUAAAACAGCAGAUGGGGCUACUGCUGCAGUUUCAGCUGCUAAUGUUGCAUCUGGUCUGGGAAUUUUUUUGAAAGGUAGGCAACUGGCGGUCUUGAAGGCUUUGGAUAAGAAAUCAGCGCACGAUAAGGAAAAAGAGAAGACCAAAAUUGAGGACCGGGACCAUCGCAAUCUUUACUUGGCAAAGGAAGGCCUUAUUCUUGAGGGGACUCCUGCUGCUGAAGGUGUCUCAAUUAGUGAUAUGGCUAAGAGGAACAGGUUGCAGGAAGAGAAGAUGACCAAGCUGAAAUCUCCAAAUUUUCAUGUCUCUAGGACCAGGCUUGUUGUAUACAAUUUACCAAAGUCAAUGACUGAAAAACAACUGAAGAAGCUUUUCAUUGAUGCUGUUACCUCACGUGCCACAAAGCAAAAUCCUGUGAUUCGACAGAUGAAGUUUUUAAAGAAUGUAAAGAAGGGAAAAGUUGUCACGAAGGACCAUUCACGUGGGGUUGCGUUUGUUGAGUUUACGGAGUAUCAGCAUGCACUGGUGGCCCUGAGGGUUCUUAAUAAUAAUCCUGAAACUUUUGGUCCUGAACAUCGCCCAAUAGUCUCGUUUGCUCUUGAUAAUGUUCAAACUUUGAAACUGAGAAAAGCUAAGCUUCAAGUGCAGCAGCAGGAAACCCAUAAAGAUUUCCAAGAUACGCAGGAAAAUGACAAGUCGCGGGCUCCAAAUGCCAUUCCAAGCCAGAAGGAGAUGUCCAGAAAAAGGAAAUCCAGAGUUGAGAAUAGAGCAGUCAAGGACCCAGAAUCAAAUAGAAUGGAUGAAGUGAAGAAUAAGGAUUCCUAUAGGACGGGACUUGAGAGAAGACCUGUGCUUCUUUCCUUCGGGAAUUGAUGCUUUUGAGCUCAGCAAAUACUUCCUAUUUGCACAUUUUCAGUAUUUCUUGUUGAUCUCACAUACAUACUUCCGCAUCCCAUCAUACAUGUUCGCUAGUAUAGAUUGAUGAUGAUAGCAUGACACGAAUUAAAUGCUAGGGAUGGAGACAAGUCAUCACCGUCAUUUCAUUUCGUUCAAAGAAAUAAAAUCAUAACCAUCAUUGACUUUAUGGAACCCACGU